AUGGCCGACUCACAGCCUCCCCAACAUAAUGGAUCAGAGCAACCUCCAUCCGAAGAUAAUAUCAAAACCGAGCCCGACCUUGACACCUCCAUCGAACAGGAUAUCGAGAUGAAUCCCAACCCCGACCAACCGGAUGAAGCCCCGGGUCUUGAUCCCAUGGCCCCCGCGCCAACCCCUUCCAAGAAAGAAACCAGCCUCCGCGAAUUCCUCGGCAAAAUGGACGACUAUGCUCCCAUCAUCCCCGACGCUGUCACUGCACACUAUCUCACCCUCGCCGGCCUUCCACCACCAGGUACCGGGCCAGGCCAAACGCCCCCGCACCUCGCGCGCCUACUCGCGCUCGCCGCUCAAAAGUUCGUCUCGGAUAUCGCCGCAGACUCCUACCAGUUCGCGCGCAUCCGCGCCUCAAACAGCUCCUCCGCCAACAAUGCCAUUGGCAGUUUGGCCGCAGCUUCUGGCCUGGGUGCGCCGGCUGGUGCGGCGCCCGCGCCCGGUGGUGACAAGGGCUCCAAGGCUAAUACACACCUGGGUAUUCAAAGACCUGGGUUCGGUGGUGGAGGCUCUGGAGGGUCCGGGCAGGGUCGGACUGUUCUCACGAUGGAGGACCUUGGUAUGGCGGUCUCCGAGUACGGGGUUAGUGUGAAGCGCGGCGAGUUCUAUAGGUAG